AACUUAAUUUACAAUAUAAAAUGAUUAAUUUUAAAAAUAUAUAAAAAAUAUAAUCAUCUGGUUUAUUUGUUUGUAGUAAUAUUCAACAUUUUAUAAUUUAUUUAAGUAAAGAUGAAUGUUUUGUAAAUUAUGAGGAAAAUAAGUGCCAUAUUUAUUGUAAGCAUCUAUUAACUAGCGCAAAUAUAGCUAAAAAGAUGGUUAUUACAAUGACUUGAUUGUGCUCUUAAAUUAAAAAAUAAUUAUGACUGUGUCAAAAUCAGAAGAUACUAUUAUUGAUUCUUCUGUUGUGACCUCUUUUGCAAAAAUUAGUACGGCAUUAUUUUAUGCAGCUGCAUCAAUGCUGAUUACCGUUGUUAAUAAAUCUGUAUUAACUAGUUAUGGAUUUCCAUCUUUUCAAUUUUUAGCAAUUUGUCAAAUGUUUAUGACAGUUAUUGUUUUGUAUUUAGCAAAAAGCUUGGGUAAACUAAAAUUUCCAGAUAUUAAUAGAAACACAUUUAAAGAUACUUUUCCAAUGCCAUUAAUAUAUUUAGGGAAUAUUGAAUUUGGACUAGGAGGUACUAAAGAAUUAAGUUUACCAAUGUUCACUAUGUUAAGGCGAUUUUCUAUUUUAAUUACUAUGUUAGGUGAAUAUUAUUUACUCAACAUAAGACCUAAAUUGUCUGUUAAAGUAGCUGUUGGAUUAAUGGUAUCUGGUGCUAUAAUAGCUUCUAGUAAUGAUUUAGGCUUUAAUUUAGAUGGAUAUAUUUAUGUACUUUGUAGUGAUUUUUUAACAGCUGCCAAUGGGGUAUUUACAAAAAAAAAACUAAAUUCUAAAAAAGAGAUGGGUAAAUAUGGGCUUAUGUUCUAUUCAUCAAUGUUUAUGAUACCCCCUGCUUUAUUGCUUAUGUAUUUUUCUGGUGACUUGGACAAAGUUUACAGGUAUAAUUAUUGGUUGCACUUACCAUUUUUAAUACAAAUUUUUGUCUCGUCAUUCAUGGGUUUUAUAUUGAACUAUAGUAUUAUGUUGUGCACUCAAUACAAUUCAGCCCUAACAACUACAAUAAUUGGAUGUCUAAAAAAUAUAUUUGUAACAUAUUUCGGCAUGUUUAUUGGUGGAGAUUAUGUCUAUACAUUGAACAAUUUUAUUGGUAUUAAUAUAAGUGUGAUUGGUAGUCUUUUUUAUACAUAUGUGACGUUUAGACCUUCUACUCGUCCCGCUCAAAUUCAAUCAUCUAAUACUGUAAAUGUUUGAAAAAAUAAUAUUUAAUUUCAUUGUUGUUAAACUGCACUUAUUAUUUUAUGUAUUGUUACCAAAAUUAUUGUUGUAUUGUGUUCUUUAGGACUCUUUAUGUUAAUAUUUAUCUAUUCAAUUUAAUUAUGAUUAACAAAGUUUACUUUAUAUUAAUUAUUUGAACAAACAUUAUUUUAUCAUUUUUU